CUGAAAUUUUGAAAGGAACACACUCUCAAGAUCUCAAAUUUUAAUUUUACACAAAAUUUCAACCGUUAAUAAAACUCAAUCAAACGAUCAAAUAAUAGUCUAUUUAAUUUGAGAAAUAAAAAAUACUAGUAGUUGAAUAAUUGAAUAAAGUUAUUUAUUUAAUUUAUAAACAAUUGAAUAAAAAGUGAAUACAAAUAUACAAUAGUUAAGAUAAAUAGAGAUGGUUUAGCGGCAAGGAAAGGAAAAGCGUGGCGAAAUUCCAUGUUAUCGUAGAAAUUUAAUUUUGCAGUUUCUAAAAAUCACGGUGGAGGAGGAAGUAGACGUGGAUUUGGCUGCUCAAACGUCAAACCAGACACAGCAUUAGUAGCUAUAAGGCUAACUUUGAGAGAGAAAAUAUAAAAUAAAAUUAAAAAAAAAAUAGAUUGUCUAGGUUCAAAUUUUAGCCAGAAUAAUAUCUUGUUUUAGUAUAUCAAACGUGCAACACAAGCCAUUACUACUUCUUUUUAUGAGUUCAAGCCGUUACUAUUUUAUAAAACAAAAGAAAUAUAAUAGAUACAGACUGUUUAAGCAGCCUCAAAUUUUCUACCGACACCCACUAGAGCUACAUGAGGCAGAAAAGAAUAUAUACUUUUCCUUUUUAUAGAAACUAUUUAGACUAAGAUAGAAGCAUCAAUUUCCUAACCUUUUACUUUUUUUUUGCACCAUUUCUUAAUCUUGUUUUUCUAAGAAAACAGUUUAGCAGCAACAAAGAUGGAGCUAGAAUUAGGACUCAAAAUCACUAAAACUAAAGAUGACAUUGAUUCCAUCUCUGAGUUUCAAUUGAUGAAGGAUGUAGAACCAGUUUUUCAUUCUAGAGAAAACAACACCAUGUUCAUCCUUACUGCCAAUCUAAAAGGUUAUAAGAGAAAUAACAUUGACAUCAAGAUUAGUAAAGAUGGGAGUAAGAUAUCAAUUAGUGGAAAGAAACCAAUUCAAGAAAUGGUGAUGAUGGGAUGGGUAAUGCAAAGGAAAGUGGUUGAUGUUAAAGGUUUCAAUAAGGUUUUCAAAAUUCCUCAUGGUGUGAAUUUGGAUAAGAUCAAAGCAAAUUACAAUGAAGAGGAGUGGAUGAUGAGUAUUGUCAUGCCAAAGUUGGUCAAAGGGAUUUGUGGUCUUAAGAUUGAGGAAUUUAAGGAACAAUACUUUGACAAAGGAAAAUCAAACCUAGAGAAAAGUGAAAUUGAUCAUGUUUCUAGUAGUGUUGGAGAGACAAGCCAAAAAGGGUCAAAAGAUUCUGAAUUUCAACAUAGGGAAGUAAGUGAAAAUAUCAUAGAAAAGAUGCUUGAUGAUGAUAUCAACAAGAAAUUUAAUAAAGAGACAAUACAAAGAGAAGUUGGAGAAUCUAAGUUGAGAAAUGAGGAUGGAAAUGGAAAGAUUAUAAAUGGAAUUGAUGAUGUUUCUAAGGACUUAAGAGAAAAAGAUAUAAAAGAAAAAGAACUAUCUAACUUGAGGGUUGAGGAUAGUAAGGUAAAAGAUAUAGGAGAAAAGGAUAGAAAUGAAACAUAUGAAGCAUCAAAGACACUAGAAAAUAUGGAGAAGAUGCUUAAUGAAACCAACAAGGAUGUAAACGAAGAACCAAUAGAAAAAGAAGUUGGAGAUUCUAAAUUGAGAAUUGAAAAUGGAAAUGGAGAGAGUGCGAGAGAAAAGGACGACAAAGAAGAAUAUGAAGUUAUGAAGAAAUCAGAACGAGAUAAAGGUGUUGGUGUAUUCAUCUCAAGAAAGUUUGAAGAUAUGAGCAAAGAUAAAGAGUUUGAGGAUCAAAAGAUGGAUAGUAGAGGUGCUAACAAGAAGCAUGAUGAUGUUAGUAGGGACAUAAUUGGAGGGACACUAAAAGAAGAAGAAAAAGAAGAAUCUAUCUUUAGGAGUGAAGAUGGUAAGGUAAAAGAUAUUGGUAAAGGUACCUCACAUAACAUUGUAGAAACAAGCCAAAGAGUUUUUGAAGAUUCAAUGAUUCAACAAAGUGGAGAGUCAAAACAAAAAGAGUCUAAAGAAUAUUUUAAAGAAAGUGGGAAAGAAAAUAGCAUGGAACCAUUUGAAGCAAUGAAGGUGUUAGAAGUUGAACAAAAUGUAGUUGGUCAUAUUCCUAGUAAAAUUGGUUGUAUAAACCAAGAUGAAUUUGAAGAGUAUAGGAUUCCACAAAUGGAGACAACUACAAGCACUAAAAUGGAGAUGAAAGGAGGGGAACAUGAAAAGUUUCCUUUUGAAGCCAAUCAAGAUUUUCAAAAGGAAAUCAUAAAGCCUAAGAUGAGAAUUAAAGAUGGAGAUCAAGAAUGUGUUUUAGAAAAGCUUGAUGGUAAGGAAGGGUUUGAUGAUGGAAUGGUGAAUAUAAACAAAGAGUUUCCUAAGCACUUACCUAAAAGUAAUUCAAAGGAAGAGGGAGAAUUGAAUGUUGAAAAGAUGCAAGAAACCAAAAAUGUGAAAGAAGAAAUAGUGAACAAAGAGGUUGAAUAUUUUGUAGAGAAGGGUGAAGGUGAAAGAUUUGAAAGGAAACAUGGGGAACAAAAGAAAGAAAAUAAUACAAAAGAGACCAUGCGGGAGGAAAUUGCAGAGAAUGAGAAUGUACUUAAGGAAAGUGGUCAUGAACAAUUUGCGGGGAUUGAAGGAAGUAAAGGAUUCAAUUUUGAGAACGAGGAAGAACAACACAAGGUAAGCAAAGAAGCAUUAGAUGAAAAUGAAACUUUAAUGGUGGAAGGAGAUGAACACAACGAGAGAACUAAGAAAAUACGCCAUGAAAUGGAAGAUACAGUUGAAUAUAGUAUAGUGAAGUUAAAAGGAAAUGAAUCUAUAAAGAUGGAUGUGAAUGAACUUAAGGAAAGUGGUCAUGAAAAGUUUACGGGGACCGAAGGAAGUAAAGGAUUCAAUUUUGCAAACGAAGAAGAACAAACUGAGGUUAUCAAUGAUGCAUUAGUUGAAGAUGAAAGUUUAAUAAUGGAAGGAGGUGAAUACAAGGAGAAAUCUAAGGAAAUGGUCCAAGAUGAGGAAGUUAAAAAUAAACAUGGUAUAGGGAAGUUGAAAGGAGAGGGUUCUACAAAGAUUCAUGGUGAACCAAAUGAGUCUUUUGAGGGAGAGAAUGUAAAUGGAAUAUUUGAUGGAAGAAAAAAACAAAAAUUUCAAGAAAUUGAACAAACUGAAGAUGGAGAUGUCAAUGAAGAGGGUGCAAAUAUUGAAAAGUCUAUGAAGAAAGUGAAUGGAGACGAGUAUGAGAAGGUACAAAACGAAGAAAAUGAAGGUAUCCAAAAAAACAUAACAAAGAAGAAAUAUGAAAGACUUUUGCAAGAAGAGGCAAACAAAGAAAUAUCAAAAGCAAGCAAUGCUGCCAAAGUUUUUCCAAAGAAAAUGUUAGAUUCACCUGUUGAAACAAGAGAAGGACGAAAUAAUACAAGGAUUGAGAAAACAAAAGGUAUUAAAGAAAGUAUUGUGAAAGAAAGUAGCAUGGAACCAUUUGAAGCAAUGAAGGUAUCAAAACUUGAACCUUUUGAAGCCAAUGAUGAUGAUCAUAAGAACUUCAUAGAGCCUAAGAAGGAAACUAAAGAUGAAGAACCAAAUGUAAAAAAUUCUAAUAAAGAAGGAUUUGAUGGAAAGAUAACUAUAAAUGAAAAGUUUUCUAAGAAAAUACCAAAAGGUUCUCAUGAGGAAAGUGAAGGAUUAAAUGUUCUAAAAAUGCAAGAAACCAAAGAUGUCAAAAGAAAGGGAAAAGAGAUUAAAUAUUUGAAAGAGGAGGAUGAAGGUGAUAGACUUAAAAGGAUGGAUGUGGAAGAAACGAAAGUCAAUAAUAUAAGAGAAAUAAUGCAGGAGGAAAUUGAAAACAGUGAGAAUGGAAUUAAGAGAGGUGGACAGCAAGAAGUUGCGGAGAUCGAAGGAAUUAAAGGAUUGAAUGUUGCAAAGGAGGGAGAAGAAGAAUCCAAGGAGAGAAGUAAAGAAAUAGAACAAGAUGACGAAGGUGUCUCACAUAACAUUGUGGACUCAAGCCAAAGAGUUUUUGAAGAGGCUUUGAUUCAAGAAAGUGAAGAGUCAAAACAAAAGGAAGUUGAAGGAUCAAAGUGUGACUCUAAGGAAAGACUUAAAGAAGUUUUGAAAGAAAGUAGCAAGGAACAAAAUGAAUUAAGAGAACCUAAAGUUCCGCAAAUGGAGAAAGCUAAAAGCACUAAAGGGAGGAAGAAUGGAGGAAUGGAUUCCGAAAAGAAGUCUUUUGAAGUCAACGAAGAUGAUCAAAAAGUCGUGUUUGGAGAUGCCAUCCAAAAGGAUGUUGUAAAAACGAAUGAAGAGUUUCCUAAAAACUUACCUAAAAAAAGUUUUGAUGAAAGUGAAGGAUUGAAUGUUCAAAAGAUUCAAGAAUCCAAAAAUGUGAAAGAAGAAAUGGUGGACAAAGAGAUUGAAUAUUUUAAGGAGAAGGGUGAAGGUGAAGGAUUCAAAAGGAUGUAUGUGGAAACAAAGAUAGGAAAAACAAGAGAGACAAUGCAAGAGGAAAUUGAAAAGAGUGAUAAUGAAAUAAAGGAAAGUGGUCAACAACAGGCAAAGGAGAAUACUACAACAGAAAUGGAUGAUGUCUCAAAGAAUGUGACAGGGGAGUUGAAACAGAAAGUUACGGAGAUCGAUGAAAGUAAAGGAUUCAAUGUUGCAAAGGAGGAAGAACAAAAAGAGGUUACUAAAAAAGGAUUGGUUGAAAGUGAAAGUUUGAUGGAAAAGGUGGAAGGAAAAGAAUCCAAGGAGAGAACUAAGGCUAAAAAAGUCCAAGAUCAGGAUGAUAAAAUUGAAUUUGAUAUUGUAAAGUUGAAAGGAGAGGGAACUUCGAAGAUCCGUGCUGAUGGAAGAAGUUUUCAAGAGAAGGAAGAAAGUAAAAAUGUCAAUGAAAAGGGUGAAAAAACAGAAAAGUUUGAGAAGAAAGUUAAAAAUAAGAUACAAAAUGAAGGUGAAGACUUCAAGAAAGUCGUAACAAAGGAAAAAGAUGAAUGUUAUUUGUCGAACGAUGUGAGGGAAAGAAAAUCUCAAGAUACCAAGGAUGCAAAAGAAGAUAUUCCAAUGAAAAUUUUAGACUCACAAAAUGAUACAAGAGAGAAACUAAAGGAUAGAAAGAUUGAGAAAAUAAAAGGUCUCGAAGAGAAUGAAAAAGUUGUACCAUUUGUGAAGAAAGUAAAGUUUGAAGAAGAAGAAUUCAAGGAGAGAACUAAGGCAAUAGUUAAAGAUGAGGGCGAUAAAAUUGAAUAUGGUAUAGUGAAGUUGAAUGGAGAAGGAUCAACAAAGAUCACACACAAGUUUCAAGAGAAGGAGGAAAUUGAAAAUGUCAAUGAAAAGGGUGGAAAAACCAAAGAGUUUGUGAAGAAAGUGAAUGAGAAGAUACAAAAUGAAGAAGAUGAAGAUUUCGAGAAAAACACAAUAAAGGAAGGAGAUGGAUGUUUUUUGCAAGAAGAGAAAAAUGAAGGAAGAUCACAAGCAAGUAAGGCUGUAAAUGAGCCAUGUGAGGACAUAAUUGAGAAAGAAAAUAGCAAUAAAAAACUUGAUCCUAUUGAUGAGUUAGUUGAUAAAGAGAAUGUUAGUAUUGGAUUAGUUGAUGGAAGAAAAACACAAAAGUUUCAAGUGAUAAAUCAAACUCAAGAUGCCAAGGAAAAAGGUGCAAAUAGUGAAAAGACUAUGAAGAAAAUGAGUGGAAACAAACAUGAGAACAUACAAAAUGAAGAAAUUGAUGGUUUGAGGAAUGAUAUAGAUGGUCCAAAUUUUGGCGAGUCUAUGACAAAAGAAGAACUUCAAGAGUUUGAGAUAGAAAGAAUAAGAAAUCCUGACAGGGAAUUUCAAUCAGUAGUGAGUAUGGGAUUUAAGGAGUUUGAUUACAAGAAUGCGAAGGAUAAGAAACAGAAGACAAAGGUGUUGGAUACAAAGUUUGAAAGCAAGGAGAGAAAUGAAUCAAAAGAUGAAAGUACAAACCAAGAAGUUUUUAGUCCAAAGAAACCAAAAGUAGGAGAAAAUUUCACUCGUAACAAAUUAUGCACAAAUGUGGUUGACACUAUGGAAGAUCAAGUGAUUAAUCCAAUAUCAGUACCAAGGUUUCAAUCUGAAGUUGAAGAAAAAGAUAUCGAAAGUUUGAUUGAAAUGAAGGAAAAAGAUGAAUUUCACAAUGGAGAAGAAGUAGGGGACAGAGUUCAAGAGAAAACGAAUGAGUCUGAGAAGAAAACCGAUUAUAGGGAGCAAGAAAAUGCGGCAAGAGAUGAUGGAAAAGUAGAGACUAAAGAGAAAGAUACGUUCAAAGAACUCAAAACAACUCAAAAUGUCCAUAAUGAGAAGAACAAGAUACAUGAAACAAUGAAAACAACACGGGAGAAAAAGCGUUCGGUAAAAUUUGAAGUUGAUGAUAAAGAAGAAAAAUCAUUGGGUGAAAGGCCAAAGAAUGAUAUUGCAGAAAUGAAAACUGCAGCAUAUGAAGGAGCUAAAUCGUCAAAGUUGCAAGGCAAAAGCAUUAAUCAACAAUCAAAAGAUGAAAUAAACAGAAAAUCAGAAUGUGUUACUGAAGAACAUGAAGCAACAAAAGAAUUCUCACCAAAGAAUGUUGAAAAAGGAAAAGUUGUGAAGAAAAGGGAAGGGUUAAAGGUUGCAGACAGUGAAGAAACUAAAGAUGAUUCAACACUCACAACAAUACAAACCACAGAAGAAAAUAAGCCUAAAAUGAAGGAAAAAACUUCACAGCUUGACAUGGCUAGUGGAUCCAAAAGUGUGGCAGAAAAAGUGCAUGAAACUCUAAAGAGAGAAGAUCAAAGAAAAUCAGAAGAAUCACCUGCUAUAGUUGAAAGAAAAAAGGCUCAUGAAUUAACAAUAGAACCAAACAUGAACAAUGAAAUUCCAAAGGUUGAAGAAGUACAGAAAGAAAAGGAGGAGGAGGAAAGGUACAUUAAUGUACCCGAAGCAACAAUUUCGAAAGAAGGAGGAACACAAGUUACUACUACUCAUUCAAAAGAAAAACAAAGAGUUGAACCAAGAGGUGAGGUUGAUAAGCUACAAGAUGAACAAAUAGGCCAAAUAGUUGAAAAGUACACAAACAAAGAUGAACAAGCAAAACAUGGAAUAGAUGAACAGAAAGAAGCUAAAGAUGAAACAAGUGAAGGAAAAAAUGACAAUGCAAAAAUACCAAAGACUGUUGAAGAAGAAAAAAUUCUCAAGAGAAGGGAAGAAUCAAAGGUUGCAAAGAGUGAAGAAGAAAUGAAGCCUAAAAUGGAGGAAACAACUCCACAAUUUGACUUGGCUAGUGGCUCCAAAAGGGUAGCAGAAAAAGUGCAUGAAACUCCAGAAAAAGUGCAUGAACAUGAAAGAAAGUCAGAAGAAUCUACUUCUAAAUUUGAGGUGGAACCACUCAAUAUAGACAAUGAAAUUCCAAAGGUAGAAGAAUUAAGAAAAGAAGAGGUACAAAAGAACGAUCAUGUACUACAAGCAAUCAUUUCUAAAGAAGAUCCAUCAAAAGCUAAAGCUACUCAUUCAAAACAAAAAAUGGUUCAACAAUCAAUAGUUCCAAAUUCAUUAAACACUCAACAAUUAGAAGAUGAAGGAGAAGAACUUGAACAAUGCAUAAACAAAGAUGAAGAAGAAAAUCAUGAAAUAGAAGAAUUUGAAGAAGAAGAAAAAGACAAUGAGAAAGUGCAUGAAGAACAUAAAGAAGAUAAAGAUGAAACAGAUGAAGGAAAAAAGGACAGUGCAAAAACAUCAAAGAAUCUGUUUGUUCCAUUGGUUAUAGCAGGAUCAGCAUUCUUUGCUACUACAGCAUUUAUCAUUGUUAGGCAUAGAAGAUCUAAAAAAAUGUAAAAUUUGAGAUCACUAAAAUCUACUUUUCAUCCAUGUUUUUACUAGUUAUUCUUAAAGUAGUGAUCAUAACAAUAAUGAAGAAAUGUUAAGUGUUUCUUUACAAUGACAAUAAUAGAGAGGUUGAAAAACAAAGGCGACGUGACACCAUACAUUAAUAGAGUGUUUAAGAGAGUUUGAGCAAUUCACACUAGCAUUCAAAUACAAAAAUGUACACUAAAGUGCUUAUUCAUGUCAAU